GCCGAAUAUUAUUACAACGGAAUGGAUUUUAAGGAAGGAUUUUCUGAUAAUUCUACGAUAGUCAUACAUUUAAACCCGAGAGCGCACGCGCUAACUGGACCAUAUGGAAUUGCGAUUGCUAAUCCGAUAUCGCAGGUGAUAGUGGGAAGAAACAAACAGGUGGCAGUGGCCUACGACCCCGAGGCGACGGCGGUGGCGGGGCCGGGCGGCAUCGCGCAUGCUCAGUCAGACCUCUACCUCUAUGACUUCAAAACCGACUAAAAUAAUGGACUUAUUCAAAUUAUAUUUGAAUAAUUUAUUUCCAAAAAUAUCUUCGACCACG